GUCGGUCAAUUGUCAAAUUAACUAAAUUGCAAAUAAACGAGUUUGGCGCUUGGCGGUCAUGACUCCCGAGUCCCGGCAGAUUUUGGUAAACGAAAUGAACGCUACAGUCAAGUCAACUAUUAUUUGGUAAAAUGAAAUUCAACUGAGGACUAACUUUGUGGUUGACACUUAUUGUAGGAUUACUGUGUUUAACAAAAGUAAAAUAAAUUAAGAUCACAAUGACCGGGAAAUCUUAUACUAUGAAAGAAAUGAAGGCUAUUGUCAACUAUUUAGUAGAACAUAAAGCCUUCAGUGAAAUACGUGGUAGAAAAAUGUGGAUGGAUUUUGCCAGUUCCAAGGAUACUACACGAACCUGGCAAAGUUUGAAGGAAACCUUUCUUAAAAGAAUUUUACCUGACAUACACAACCCAUAUUAUAAACUAACUCUUGUAGAAAUUGCAAGUUUUAAACAGGGAUUAGACAUUGAAUCAAAACUGGAUAACAAACUAGAUCUUGAGCCAGUGAACAAUCAACCUAUACCUGGUACUUCUAAAGUAAACGGUCAUAAUGAAGAUCAAGCAGAAGAUGGUGAACAAAAACAAGUAAAUAAAGAGAAUGGUGACGAACAAUCAGGUGAGGACCAUGUUAAAAUUUCUGAAAACUUAAACAAUAUUAGAGAUUCUACAGAGACACUAGUACUGGAGCCUUGCUAUCAUACUGCUGACGAUAUACGAAAAGAUUUAGAAAAUGACAAUGCACAAAAUAAAGCUGAUACUCCAAAAGAUGAUCAAAAACAAAGUGAUCUUCUGGAGCAGGACCCUACUGCUGAUUGUGAAAACAAUGAUAAAAUUAAUAAUGUUAUUAAAGAUACAACAGACCAACAAAAUAAUCUUCCUAUAGAAAUCUCAGACUCUGAAGAAAAAGAACGACAAGAAUCAAAAAAUAUCGCCAAUGAAACUGGCACAAAGGAACAUGAUCAAACCAUAAAUAAUAAUAACCCUAAAAAUACUUCAAAUUCAAUACUAAGCGCAAAUGAUGCAGACCAAUCAAAAAAUCUGAUGGAAAAUAAAGAAAAUCUUGAUAAAAGUAAGAAUACAACACAAAGUACUACCAUUGACACGCAACUUCCUAAUAAUCCAGAAGAACUUAAAAUAUCUGAAAACGUUGAAACUACAAAAAAAGUAAAUAAAUUAUCGCUUGACCGCAAAAGAAGUAAUAGAGCCAAAUCAGAAACCGUACCAACGAAACGCAAGAAGAUUAAGCAAAAAUCAGUAUCUGACACAGACGCUCGAAAAAACUGUAAAAUAGAAGAAAAACAAACGGAAGUUACUAAUUGUGAUACACAACAGGAAAAAUCUGAUGCCAGUAAGGACCUCAUCAUGGAUGUUGAUAAAGAAAUUACAAAUUCGGAAAACCUGGAAGAGAAUCCCGAAAACCAAAUCGAAGUUAGUCACAAUGCCCAAGUCACAAGCAAUGAAGUGGUAGACGCGAACGAUGAAAAUUCCCAGUGUGGACAAAUACAAGUUACUCCAGAAAUUGAAAAUCCCUGUCUGAAAAGUGUAAAUUUGUACGAAGAACAAUUCUCGUGCACAAUAUAUAGUGACUCGGAUGAUGAACAGGGGGAGAAAAAUAAAAACGAACAAAAGAAAAAUGAAGUUGUACCACCGCAGAGGUCCAAAGAAAACAUAAAAGUUAUUCGCUCAUCCAGUACAGAUGUGAAGAACAAAUCCAAUUUGAGAAUUGUCGAGAAGAAACAUCGGGAGAAUGCAUUAGCCCGGGCAUUUGGUUUUUCAAGUAAUGGCCCUCGCAAUCGGAAACGAAGCAUCAGCUACAAUAAAAGACGUCCAAGCUCUCACAAGAAAAUCGAAAUAUCCUCGGAUUCUAGUUCCUCGAGUUAUGAUACUGAGUCAGACUUCGUCUCACCACCGAGAGGGGGGAACCACAAAAGAAAUAGAAAAUAUUUGAAACCUGAAUCACAUAGAAUCCUUUCACUCGGAGAAGAAGGCACUCUAUUUGUUAUGAACGGAAAGAAAAUAUAUCCAGUUAUAAAAAAUGGAAGGGCUUUGAAGACAUAUGUGAAUUACUCGUCAGAUGGACAAUCUGACAAUCAAGACUCGUAUUGGAAGUUGAAGUAUGUCGAAGAAAGGAAAAAAGCAACGGAACUUGCCAAGCAAUUGGAAAAUCUCACAAAAACAAUAGCUAAGGAGAGUAGCGUGGUUCUUGUUGCAAAGACCACUGAUGUAGAAGCUCCCAAACAAAUCGCUAAGCCACAGGGAAUAGAUGAGCCAUGCUCUAAGUCCAUUCCAGUGUCAAAGGCAACGGAUGAAAAAUCUAUCAAAAUCAAAAUCACGAACAAUGAUAAAGAAGUCCAAGUGGAAGGUCCCUGGUCCUGCAUCAACCCAGUGUUGGAGCAGGUUGUCCAAAUGAUGAAAGACACAGAAAAAGUUCCAGUCAACAAAGCCAGAAGCAGCUCUUUGGACCUCGUUGCUCUUAGCGGGAUGUCUUCACCUGCUGAAAGUUCUGCAAAGCGAGUAGCAGAAAUGGAGAAAGAGAUCUUUAAAGAGAUAGAAGAGAUUGAUAAAGCUGAAAAAGAAGAACCAGAGAUACAGAAAGAGACCGAAAAUGAAGCGGAGACUACAGUGAGAAAAGGUACAAGGAAAAGGAAUGUUUCCGCAAGUAAAGUUGCGUCGAUUCCAAAAAAGGUGAAAGUUGAUGAACCUAAGACAACCAAUUUAAAAGUGCCCAGGCGCACCAGAACGCCUAGAAAAGUUAAAGACGAUACAAAUGGUACCCCAGAAACGGCAAAUAUAACGAAUAAAAGAAAUUCUAGUAAAUCUGAAAACCAAGAGCAAGAAGAUGACAUUUUAUACAAGUUCCCCUCACCCCCAAGAGAGUCAAACCGCGCUAAGCGGGCGCCGCCGAGGCCCAGAUACACUUUAAAAACCGCAAGAAUCUACUCCUCUCCCGAUCACAUUUCGCUUCAUUCUGAAGAAACACAAGGCUACAUAGAUACAGACUGCAGUCCAGUCAUAUGCUUACGAAAGAAAAGAAAAACAAGCUUUGUGUCACGCAGACUUAGUCGCUACCGUAAAAAAUCUAUUCCCAGCAUCACUGAAGAUCUCUCUAGUGAAUGCUCUUUACCUACUGCACCUAUUCAUACACAAACUUUCACUAACACCAGUCUAAGCAGUCAGAUCUAUAGGUCUGAUUCUUAUCAGCUCCUAAUGCCGAAAGGCAAAGUCGCAACUAAUUUAGAGAAGAUUGAGGAAUUUUCGAUGAAUUCCCAUGAAGAUGAAUUACAUAGUAAGAACAGUUUUGAAGCUGGAGAUAAUUUCGAUAAUCCAAACAAUUUCAAUGAUAAAGACCAAUCCUGCGAUUUAUCUCUACCGACAUCUCCCGUACUUUCAAUUGUAGAAAACUUUUCUGUAAACAAGAGUCUUCUUAGUAAUCUAGAUGAAAAUGAUGUAAGCGAACCAAUUACACUUAAUGACCUCAUGCCUGUAGUAGAUGUAUCUAUGCCUCUAAUGGAAUCCAACUAUGAAGUGAAGAAAAAAAGUGAGGAUGGAACACAAUUUCAUUACAAUUUGAGAGAUCGAUCUAUUUCCGAUUCUAUCGUAAACAAAGUGAGCACAGUACAAAUUGACGAUGUGCCUAAUUCGAUCAGUACAAAAUUUAGAAACUUAGUGAUUGAAAGUGCUAAGAAAGAUGCCGCAAAAGUUAAAUUAGUAGAAGUUCUCAAAGAGCCGUUAAUAGCUGAGAAACCAAAAGCAGAUAACAAAAAGGCUAAAGCAAAAAAGAGGUCUUCGACGCCUAGAAAGAGACAAAGUACGCGCGCAUCAAAAUCCUCCCUUUCUGACCCCUGUAUUGAAGAACAUACUGAAACUUGUUCCAGAGCCGUGAAUCGAUCUCAGACACCAAUUAUAAAAAUUACAGAUGCGGAUUCGGAACCACCCCAAAAUAUUCAAACGAAAAAAGUAACCAGAGGAAGAGGAAAACCCAAGAAAGAUAUUAUCAAAGUGAAGUUGCCCAAAGUGGUCACAAGACGAAAGACUGACAAUGCUUCUAAAUCCACAGAGGAUGUGGGCGUUAGUAAUGAUACGGAAUCCGGUAUUUUCCUUCAAGGGUUAAAUGAUAGCGUUGAAUUGAUACACAAUCAUUCGGACACGUGUUGUAAAGCUCAUGAAUGUAUAAACGACAGUUUGGAAAUAGUAGAACCAUCGCUAAAAUCGAUUAUAACUAUCGAAUCGGAUUCCGAUCGUAUCGACCAAUAUAACACUGUUAUGGACAAAAACGUUGCAUUCGAAAUGAUUAACCAAAACGCCCAAGAUGGCACGGAUUUAAUUGCAGCUCUAGCCAGGAUCAGCUCUUCUUCAGAGAUAUCAAAUAGCCUUCUUACUGAUGAUCUUUCUGACGAGAUCACGACUCCAAGAUCAUCGAAAUGGUAUUUGCUCUCCGAAGAAGAAAAUUCCACCACUCUACAAGAGAAAAAUAGUCAAUACAACUAUGGUGCAAAUUUAAACCAAAUAUUUCCCAUAACUUGCGCUGUACCUAAUCUCUCUACCAUUUCCGAAGCAUCCAAAGACAUUGAUGAAAACUCUAGGAAUGACGCUAAUAGAAAGUUAUUUAAUUUUUAACGUUAUUAUUUUAUAUUUGUAUGAUUGUAAAGUUUUGCGCUGUGCGUUAUUUGUAAUAUUGAUAAAUGAACAUUGAAUUAAAUUGAUUAUAACAAAA